AUGCAAGUCCGACACCUCUACGACAACUCCACCACCACACAAAUGACCGAACGAACUGCAUUUUCCUUCCUCCGGGAAUCCCUAAAGUCCCCUUCCCAUCGCCCGCCCGUCUCAUCUUACACCCCUCGCUCUCCCGCCUCGAAUGGGGCUCGUUCUCCCUGCCACCUCCCGACUACCCGUCCCGACGACGUUAGCCUACUAAAAUGGUUCCAAAUAAGUCUUUCGGCCUACAUCAGUGCAAAUCUCUGUCCGCCGCUGCCAGACCUGUCUGCUGCCUCCUGGCGUUGUGCCAACAGCCUCCUUUCUGAACACUUCUCCUUGCCCCUGCCUGCCGGUCUUUUGGAGUCCUCACCUGUGGUGGGCAAUUGCAGCAACCACCUGGAGAACCAGUCUGACCCACCUGCCUGGUCGGCCUACCUCCUUGCACUCUACCUUCGCCUGAGUACACUCUCCCCGUCUGAGGAUUACGCCUCGCUAUUUGUCUGUAGGUUCUUCUCUCUCUCUUGCGUUUGCAGCACCUUUUUCCGCUGA